GGCGUUAAGAUGGAGGGCGCUGGAGUUGACGGCUGUGCGGCGACGGCUCCCUAUCAAGAACCACAUUGAGACCACCAUACAACUGACCACUAAGCAUGACUCAGAAGUCCAUCAGGAGUUACUGAAAUUCAGGGAGUAAAUUCCAUGGAAUAAUAGUUGGUACUACUCUGCAAUGUCUGUAUUUGAAAGCUGUAGGAAGGACAGCUCAGAUAAACAGAGAUAUCUGCAAGCCAACAACAGAGGACUCAAUGAUACUUUUGGAUAUCCGGACAAUACCAUCAAGACCUCAAGAUACGGUGUCAUUAACUUCCUUCCCCUGAACCUAUUUGAACAGUUCAAGAGACUUGAAAAUGCAUAUUUCAUUGUUUUGCUAUUCCUACAGUUGAUUCCCCAGAUCUCUUCCUUGGCGUGGUACACAACUGUGGUACCCCUGAUGGUGGUGCUGUCCAUAACAGCAGUGAAAGAUGGCAUCGAUGACCUGAAAAGGCACCAAAAUGACAAUCAGGUCAACAACCGUCCUGUUCUACUGCUGGUGAAUGGCAGAAUGAAGAAGGACAAAUGGAUGAAUGUCCAAGUGGGAGAUAUAAUAAAACUAGAAAAUAAUCAGCCAGUCACAGCAGAUAUCCUAUUACUCUCUAGCAGCGAGCCAUACAGUCUGACGUACAUAGAGACAGCAGACCUGGAUGGCGAAACCAACCUGAAAGUGAAACAGGCCAUCUCAGUUACUAGUGACAUGGACAAUAACUUGGAGCUGCUGUCUGCCUUUGAUGGAGAAGUGAAGUGUGAGCUUCCCAAUAACAAACUGGACAAAUUCGCAGGAAUGCUGACCUUUAAGGGGAAAAACUACCUCCUGGAUCAUGACAAGCUGCUACUCCGAGGCUGCGUCAUCAGGAAUACAGACUGGUGCUAUGGCUUAGUGAUUUAUACUGGGCCAGACACCAAAUUAAUGCAGAACAGUGGGAAGUAUACCUUUAAACGGACACAGAUAGACCAUCUUAUGAAUGUCCUUGUGCUCUGGAUUUUCCUUCUUUUAGGCAUCAUGUGUUUUAUCCUAGCAGUUGGGCAUGGCAUUUGGCAACACAAGAAAGGCUACUACUUCCAGAUUUUUCUGCCAUGGGAAAAAUACAUCUCUUCAUCAGUUACCUCUGCUGUCCUCUCAUUCUGGUCCUACUUCAUUAUUCUCAACACUAUGGUGCCCAUUUCCCUCUAUGUCAGUGUUGAAAUAAUAAGAUUGGGCAAUAGUUUCUAUAUCAACUGGGAUCGGCAGAUGUUUUAUCAACCAAAGAACAUACCAGCACAGGCUCGUACCACCACCCUUAAUGAAGAGCUUGGCCAGGUCAAAUACGUGUUCUCCGACAAAACAGGGACUCUGACUCAGAACAUCAUGAUUUUCAGCAAAUGUUCUAUUAAUGGGAAACUCUACGGUGAUACCUAUGACAAGGAUGGGAAGAAGGUGACAGCCUCUGAGAAAGAAAAGAUCGACUUCUCCUACAACAAACUAGCUGAUCCUAAGUUUUCCUUUUAUGACAAGACUUUGGUAGAAGCAGUGAGAAAAGGAGAUCACUGGGUACACUUGUUUUUCCUCUCACUCUCAUUGUGUCAUACCGUGAUGGCAGAAGAAAAAGUGGAAGAUAUGCUGGUGUACCAGGCUCAGUCACCAGAUGAAGGUGCCCUGGUCACGGCUGCCAGGAACUUUGGCUUUGUGUUCCGUUCCCGUACGUCUGAGACAAUCACGGUGGUCGAAAUGGGGCAAACCAGAGUCUACCAACUGCUAGCUAUUUUGGACUUCAACAAUGUGCGCAAGCGGAUGUCUGUUAUUGUGCGAACACCUGAAGAUCGGAUACUGCUGUUCUGCAAGGGUGCAGACACCAUCCUCUGUGAGCUACUUCAUCCAUCCUGUAGAUCCCUCAGUGAUUUGACCAUGGAACAUUUAGAUGAUUUUGCCAUUGAAGGCCUUCGCACCCUCAUGGUGGCCUACCGAGAGUUGGAUUGUGAAGUCUUCCAGACCUGGAGCAAGCAGCACAAUGAAGCCUGCCUGUCACUGGAGGAUCGGGAAGACAAAUUAUCAAAUGUCUAUGAAGAAAUCGAAAAAGACUUGAUGCUGUUAGGGGCCACAGCCUUAGAAGACAAGCUGCAAGAUGGAGUGCCUGAGACAGUCAUGACCCUGAACAAAGCCAAAAUUAAAAUGUGGAUUUUAACUGGAGAUAAGCAAGAGACUGCUGUGAACAUUGGCUACUCCUGUAGUAUAUUUGAGGAUGAAAUGGAUGGGGUGUUCACUGUGGAAGGCAAGAAUGAUGAGACUGUUCUGCAAGAACUCAGGACAGCAAGGGGCAAGAUGAAACCCGAGUCUCUACUGGAUUCAGACCCAAUAAACAUUUGCCUCACCACGAAGUCCAAAAUGCCCUUCAGAAUACCUGAGGAGGAGGCCAAUGGCAGCUAUGGCUUGGUCAUCAAUGGCUACAGUCUGGCCUAUGCUCUAGAAGGGAACCUGGAGUUGGAAUUCCUGCGAACAGCAUGCAUGUGCAAGGGGGUGAUCUGCUGCCAGAUGACACCCCAUCAGAAGGCCCAGGUGGUACAGCUGGUGAAGAGACACAAGAAGGUGGUGACACUGGCCAUCGGGGAUGGGGCCAAUGACGUCAGCAUGAUCAAAGCUGCCCACAUUGGGGUUGGCAUCAGCGGCAAUGAAGGGAUGCAGGCCAUGCUCAACAGUGACUUCGCCUUCGCCCAGUUCCGCUACCUUCAGCGUCUACUCUUGGUCCAUGGCCGCUGGUCUUAUAAUCGCAUGUGCAAGUUUCUCAGCUACUUCUUUUAUAAGAACUUCACCUUCACCUUGGUGCACUUCUGGUAUGCCUUCUACAACGGGUUCUCUGCACAGACAGUUUACGAUACCUGGUUUAUCACCUGCUACAAUUUGGUCUACACUUCCCUCCCUGUUCUGGGCAUGAGUCUGUUUGAUCAGGAUGUGAAUGACACAUGGAGCCUACAUUUCCCAGAGCUGUAUGAGCCAGGCCAGCACAACUUCUAUUUCAACAAGAAAGAAUUUAUGAAGUGUUUAAUGCAUGGGAUCUAUAGUUCCUUCGUGGUGUUCUUUGUCCCCAUGGCAACUGUUUUCAACUCAGAGCUAACGAACGGGAAGGACAUCUCCGACUUCCAGUCUUUCUCUCUGAUGGUGCAGACCUCCCUAAUCUUGGUGGUCACAAUGCAGAUCGGCCUACGGACAACCUGCUGGACAAUGAUAAGCCACUUCUUCAUCUGGGGUAGCCUAGGUUUCUACUUUUGCAUCGUAUUCUUCCUGUACAGUGAUGGCUUGUGCCUAUUGUUCCCUGAUGUCUUCGAAUUCCUAGGUGUGGCCAGGAACAUUCUGAACCAGCCGCAACUGUGGCUGAGCAUUAUCCUCAGCGUGGUCCUCUGUAUAUUACCUGUGCUUGGGUACGAAUUUCUUAAACCACUAUUCUGGCCCAUCAGCGUGGACAAGGUUUUUGAGAGAAUUCAGCAGUGCAGGAGACUUCCAGAGCGACCCCCAAUCCGGACCAAACUGAAACAUGCAAGCUCUCGUUCUGCCUACGCAUUCUCCCAUAAACAGGGCUUUGGGGCCCUCAUCCUUUCUGGCAAGACAGGGAAGUUCAAGGCACCCGAGAAAAGCAGCCUUGCUCUGAAAAAGUAGAGGCCCUAAGGAAACUCCAAAGGAGUUAGUUAAGUCAUUGCUCUUCCUCCCUUGUAUUCAUGCAACUUGGUAAGGAAAGAUUAGAGUCCCUGGGACUCUAACCAGCAUAAACCUGCCCCUCUACUCUCACUAGGGGCUCAGCCUCUUAAUUCUCCAGAAGGCUGUGCCCAGGUUAGGCAAGGAAAAGUAAGGAAAGAGCCCCUAGAUAUCUGCCAGAGUUGAAGCAUUAAAAAAACAAACAACAACAACAAAAAAAGCAACUUCAGGCCUCCCUUCCACCAUCCCAUCCAAGUUUUAAUCCAGACAAGCAAAUGUGAUGUGAAAGCAGAGGGUGAAGAGGGACAGUAUGGGGAAGGGAAAAAAACAAAACAGGACCUAAGAAUCUUACUUCGGGCCCCUAUCUCCCAUACCCAGGGCAAACAUAACCUUCCCAGGGCCCCACAGGAACAUAUUCCCACCCUGGCAUCCUUUUCAGGCUUAUCUGGGAGAUUUGGGUGUGUCUUUUGCUGGCCCUGGGGAGCAAAAGGAGGAGGCAGCUGUGAAGACUUGGUCUUAAGAAGCUGA